AUGGAUCUAGGCGCCAGUGGACUCCCAACCUCCUUCGGUAAACAAACCCCUUCCCUUCCUUCCAAACCACCUCCCGCCCAAUCAACAUCCAGGGGUGGACACACAGGGCGAGGAUCAAGAGGGUUAGCAGGAGGCGGAAAACGAGGUAACAAUAGAGGACGAGGGACGGGAGGUGCGAGUAGCGGUGGAAACCAUGGCAAUCAUGCAUAUGGAGAUGAGAUCGAAUACGGGCAAUCGGGCUUUAAUGGCGGAACAAAGAGACCACACCCUCCUUCUCCAAACGACUCCCCUUCAUCGUCCAACCGGAACGCACCACCCAACUAUAGACAGAAUCAACCGUUCUCAAACAGGGGAAGUGGCGGCAGAGGAAGAGGGAGAGGAGGUGGACCUAGAAUGCACAAUGAUCACGGACAGGGCGGAGGUGAGAGAGGGUUCUGGAAAGAUAGUUUCAUGGAAGACCCAUGGAAGGAAUUGGAGGAGCAGAGAUCGAGGACGAAAGGGGUUGUGUGA